CGAGGGUUAAGGUGUUUCCAAUUUUUUGAAACGCUUGUAUUACGUUCUAUAUUAACUAAAACUUGCCCUAAAAUUCAACUUUUAUACUAAAAACGGCUUUAAAUAUGUUAAAUUAACAAAAUAUAUUUUGACAGAUGCUUUCGCGCCCAAAACGCUGUUUGAAAAUUGUGUGACGUCACAGUUUACGGUUUGACACAUAACUACAUACACACGUAGAAGAUACGAACUGUCAACUGACAUUUGUCAUUUGUUGUUUAUCGCCUAACUGUCAACAGUGUCAAUCCGAGAGUUGUGACGUCAUCAGAAUCUUCAAAGACGUUUCGAGUUUGGUCACGUGAUGUGUGCCAAAAGAUAUUUAAAAUUCAAUAGUUACAAAAAUAUGGUCAUUACAGGUCCCCUAAAAGUAGUUUAACAUGUCCUUAUAAUCCAAAAGAAUUUAUUGGGAUACAAUUCUGCCCUAAGAUUUGUAGAAGGAAACAACCCUAUUCAAUAAAUUCUCAACUCUGUUGCAUUGCACCUAACCAUUUAGAAAGCCCUAAAAAUAAAUUACUUCACUCAAAUUGACACACUCAACCUGUACCUCUUGCAUUCUAUGUCAUUGAAAAGACCCCUAGACAUUAGGUUAGUAAUGUAUAAAAGGCAGUUGUAAAUUAGUCCGCACAUUAUUGUUGCCUACCUAUAGCAAGUUGUGGUAUAACUAAGUGUAGAUAAUGGCACCGACUCCGCAGGAAAUCCCCCGUGUGGUCGAUGAGACCCCCAAGCUGCACCCGCGCGAUGAUGGCGAUCGCGUGGUCAUCUCUGGCGUGUCAGGGGUCUACCCGGGUACACGCCAUAUCAAGGAGUUCUCCGAAAUGCUCUACAACAAGGUGGACCCGAUCGCAGAAACCAAGCCCCGCUGGGACUACAUGCACCCAGAGGUGCCGGAUCACGUAGGCAUCAUUCCUGGCGUGGAUCAGUUCGACGGACAGUUCUUCAGGGUGGCCUAUCGCAUGGGGUUCUACAUGGACCCCAUGUCGCGGAAAAUGCUUGAGCAUGUUUACCAAGCCAUCUAUGAUGCAGGUGUAAACCCUGAAUAUUUAUCAGGGAAAAAAGUUGGUGUUUACAUGGGAACUUCCUUGUCAGAAAGUGAAAAGGUGAUUUUUUACUACGGUCCCGAGGAGAGGACAGGUUUAGGCAUCGUCGGAUUCAACAAAUCAAUGUUCGCCAAUCGCGUGUCAUACUGGCUGAACGCGAAGGGGCCCUCGAUGUCCAUAGACGGGGGCUGCUGCAGCUCGGCCGUGGCGUUGGAUCAGGCCUACCAUGCUAUGACGCGCGGCGACUGUGAGGCAGCCGUUGUUGGCGGCUGUAACUUAUGCUUGCAUCCACAAACUUCUAUACUUCUUGGCAGAUCAAUCCCUCUAUGCAAGGACGGUAAAACUAAAUCUUACGAUCAAUCGGCCGAUGGAUGUGUAAGAUCUGAAGCCAUUAAUGUGCUCUUCUUGCAGAAAGCUAAAGAUGCUCGAAGAAUUUAUGCCGAAGUGGUGAACACCAAAGCAAAUUAUAUUUCUUUUAAAAAUGCUGAAAGUUGGAAGAGAGAAAAGGAAGAAGUCACUGGCUUCCUUAAAGAGUUUUAUGAUGAAAUAAAAAUAUCUCCGCAAGAUGUAGAAUAUGUUGAAGGUUUUGGAGCAGCCGACCCCAACACUGAUAAAACAGAGUUGGAGGUGUUCGAUGAUAUUUUUUGUGGAAAUCGGGACCAACCCCUUUACGUCGGCAGCGUCAUGUCCAACGUCGGCUACACCGAGUCUGCUACGGGCAUAGCGGCUGUCACUAAGGUGCUCCUAGGGUACCACACUGGUCAUCUGGCGGGCACCCUUCACUGCUCGCAACCGCGCGGAGACGUGGCAGCAUUACGUGAAGACCGCAUCAGGAUCCUGUGCGACCACCGGCCCACCGCGCGGUCCUAUAUUGCUGUCAACGGGCUGUCUGUCAGCGGCAUCAACUCGCACGUGCUCCUGCACGGCCAUUACAAACCCAAGGAUUUGACCAAAUAUCAGUGCAGCAUACCUCGCUUGGUGUUACUCUCGAGCCGAACGGAUUCGGGAGUGCAAAAUGUGAUCAAUCAAUUAAAAUCUCAACCCAUAGAUGCCGAGGAGUUGGCUUUAAUUCAUAACAUUCACUCCUCUAAAGUUAAUGGUCACCUAGGCAGAGGAUUCGCUAUUUUGGAUACAGACAAAGAAUCGAAAACCACGAGCCUGAUCGAGAAGGCGGAGUACUUCGACGGUGCCUCGAGACCACUGUGGUUCGUGUACAGCGGCAUGGGCUCGCAGUGGCCGGGCAUGGGCACGCAACUCAUGCGCAUUCCGAUCUUCGCUGCGGCCAUUGAGCGCUGUCGACAAGUAUUAGAACCGAAAGGCAUAGACGUUGUCCAUAUUAUAACGUCGCCCGACAAAACCAUCUUCGAUAAUAUUAUACAUUCAUUCGUGGGCAUUACUGCGGUCCAAAUUGGCCUUACUGACAUUCUGCUUGAAUUAGGCUUGGUUCCGGAAAAGAUCAUAGGACACAGCAUGGGCGAGCUGGGGUGCGCGUACGCUGACGGCUGCAUGACAGCCGAGGAGGUGAUCCUCGCGGCGUACGGUCGCGGUCUUGUCUCUAAGCAGACUCCUUUCAUACGCGGAUCUAUGGCGGCCGUCGGUAUCGGAUAUGAACAAGUGUCUAAGAUGUGCCCACCGGAGAUCGAGGUGGCCUGUCACAAUGCGGCUAACUCCAGCACUAUUUCCGGCCCCGCUGAGGUUAUGUCCCGAUUCGUCGCAGAAUUAACCGCUAAGGAGAUCUUCGCAAAAGAGGUUCCCUGCUCCAAUAUCGCGUAUCAUUCACGAUACAUAGCUGAAGCAGGGCCUGGACUUCUCAAGUACUUGAAAGAAGUUAUUAAAACUCCAAAACUCCGCGGUGAGCGAUGGCUGUCAACUUCAGUACCACAAGCAAAAUGGGAUGAAGAGAUUGCCAAGUACUCUUCCGCCGAAUACCAUACUAACAAUCUUCUGAGUCCAGUGUUGUUCGAGGAGACGUCACGGCUGAUUCCGAAGGACGCGGUGCUGGUGGAGGUGGCGCCGCAUGGGCUGCUGCAGGCCAUCCUCAAGCGCGCGCAGCCGUCGUGCGCAAACGUGCCGCUCACACGACGCGGGCAUCCCGACAACGCGCGCUUCCUACUCGAAGCACUGGGACACUUGUUCAUGGAAGGAUACUAUCCUGACAUUCGCGUUUUGUAUCCAAAAGUGGAGUUUCCUGUUUCAACCGGGACACCUCAUUUGUCACACUUGGUGGAGUGGGCUCAUCAGGAACAAUGGCCCUACCCCAUGUAUUUAAGUGCAGUAAGGAAAGAGUCUUCAACAUGCACAUUUAUGAUAUCCCUUCACGAUGAUGAACAUCUUUAUUUACGCGGACACCGUAUUGGAGGUAAGACGUUGUUCCCGUUCGCCGCAGCGCUAGUGUGUGCAUGGGACACUCUGGCCAUGUCGGCGCGCGUGCCGCGCCACGGCGUGUCCGUGAAGUUCAGCGAUGUGGUUCUCUACUCGCAACCCACGCUACACGACUCGCGCUUGCUGCGCCUGACUGUUGCAUUGCAACGCGGGAAUGGCCGGUUUGAGAUUGAUGAUGGUAUAACAAAAGUAGCUUCGGGUUACGUCGUUUUGGACGAAAUCAAAAAAUCCGCUGAAAAUGAAGAAAUUCAGGAAAACCAAGAUUCUAAGGAAGAUAUUAUACUAAUAGAAAAGGAAGAAAUAUACCAGAUUUUGAAUGAAAACGGCUACAUGUAUCAGGACGAGUUCCGAAGUAUACGUCAGAUGAGGGGGUCCCUGACAGGCGUGGUGUCGUGGACCCGCUGGGAGACGUUCAUCGACUCGCUGUUCCAACUGCACGCGCUGCGCCGACGCAAUGCGCGCGCAGAGCCCGCGUUCAUCAGGGAGAUCAUUAUCGAUACCGAUGCUCACGCCAAAGCGAUACAGGAUAAGGAAUUGAAGGCCCAAGUAUGCGUGGUGGAUGACUAUACCAGAUGUGGCGGCGUUACAUUAACGGGUAUCAAAUUUAAUCCAAUUGUCAAAAAUAACGAAGACUCCCUUGUGCUCGAUACUUCAAAGUUUGACGUAUAUCCAGUCGUGAAUGUUUCAAAUGGAAUUGAGAAUGGAGGAAAGACUGAUAAUGGAAAAGUCUUGAGAAUCGCUAAAAUAGGAGACCUAGAAUCGUUACACUGGGCGGAUGCCCCUGCAUUAGAAGAUGAUGGUAUUCCAGUAACGGUGAAUUUCGCUGGUCUAAACGCUAGCGAUAUUUUAAAGGCAAACCAACCACGUGAAGAUACACAUAGUCCUCAAGAUGCUUAUGGGAUGGAUUUCAGUGGAACUACUGAAGAUGGAGCAAGAGUGAUGGGCUUAGCGCGCGGCACGGCGCGCUCUACGCUGCGCACGCGGCCCGAGUUACUGUGGCCGGUGCCAGAGCAUUGGACUCUUGAGGACGGCGCCACCGUGCCCUUCGCCUACGCGCAUGCACUAUACUGCCUUGCCAUCAAAUCGCCCUUGUUGCGGGGCUCAAGUAUCCUCGUGAGCGGCGGAGCGGGUGCCACGGGGCAGGCCAUCGUCGCGAUGGCACUGCAUUUCGGCUGCCGAGUCUUUGCGGUAGUAGACGACUCCAGGAAGAAGAACUUUCUGUUGAAGAUGUUCCCCAAAUUGAUUACUGACAAUAUAAUUUGCUGCCGAGACGACUCUUUCCUGAAUCGCGUGUUGCUGGCCACCAAUGGACAAGGCUGCGACACCGUCAUUUGCGGUAGUGGGGAUCAGAAAGACGCUUACAUACAAUGCUGCGCGCCCCUAGGCGUAACACUGGACAUUCAUCGAGUGAAAAGGAAUGAAAAUUUCAAUUUCAAAUUGUACGCCUUAAAUUUUGAUAGAAGCUACAUGAGUGUAGACUUUUCCUCCCUCUUUCUUUACCAGGACAUCGGAACAUUUCAGAGGCUGCAACAAGCACUGGCAGAGGGCAUCAGCGCAGGCUGGGUGCGGCCGCUGUCGCGCGCGUGCUACGCGGCGUGCGAGGGCGUGCGCGCGUUCCGUCUGCUGGCGCGCGGCGCGCACCGCGGCCGCGUGCUGCUGCGAGUGCACGACGCCGAGCCACGGACAGAUACCAGCGCAGGCUGGGUGCGGCCGCUGUCGCGCGCGUGCUACGCGGCGUGCGAGGGCGUGCGCGCGUUCCGUCUGCUGGCGCGCGGCGCGCACCGCGGCCGCGUGCUGCUGCGAGUGCACGACGCCGAGCCACGGACAGAUACCAGCGCAGGCUGGGUGCGGCCGCUGUCGCGCGCGUGCUACGCGGCGUGCGAGGGCGUGCGCGCGUUCCGUCUGCUGGCGCGCGGCGCGCACCGCGGCCGCGUGCUGCUGCGAGGUGGACAACAAGCACUGGCAGAGGGCAUCAGCGCAGGCUGGGUGCGGCCGCUGUCGCGCGCGUGCUACGCGGCGUGCGAGGGCGUGCGCGCGUUCCGUCUGCUGGCGCGCGGCGCGCACCGCGGCCGCGUGCUGCUGCGAGUGCACGACGCCGAGCCACGGACAGAUACCAGAUUGCUUUGUUCAGGAAGAUAUCUCAUAGUAGGCGACUCAUCACGGCUUACCAUCUGCCUGGCUGAGCGGCUGGUGCGUGGUGGAGCCCGAGCCCUGCAUGUGCGGCUCGCGCACACAGAGCCUCUCGGCCGACUGCAGGAAUUGCGGAAAUCAGGCGUAAAGAUAACGAUAUCCUCUGAAGACCUCGCACAUCACGAUUGCGCAUCGAACCUGCUGAAAAAAUCUUCGGCCAUGGGUACAGUAGAGGGCGUAUUUGUAGUAAUGGCCGAACCACUAACUGACCAGACAAGGAGCAUUUACAGAACCCUGCUGACCAACUUGGAUGUACGAUCUAGAAAAAUGUCUCCAUUUAUCAAAUUCUUUACAGUAAUUGGAAUCAAUAACUCUCUGGGAGAGCAAGUUUGUGUAUCAAGAGCAGCGGAUGGUUUACCAGCCAUGAUGCUUUCCGUUUCGAUUGACAGGAAGAUCUCAGACACUUUACUUGCGAGUUACGUUGACAUUGUAAAUGCAAUGGAACGGGGUUUGAAGACUAUGCAACCUGUAGUAUUUGCUCAGUACCCACCUGAAGAGUCCCUUUCAAAACAAAUUGAAAAAAUUACUGGUGUCACCAUUUCAGGAAAUACUUGCAACAGUCAAACUCUGCAAGAUUUGGGCAUAACGAGAGACAAAACUCAAGCACUGCAUGUGUUUUUAAAAACCAAGCAAAAUAUCACAAUCUCUGAAGACGACGUGUCAUCGCUUAGCGUAGAAAAGUUAAGAGAAAUUGUGGGAACCCUAGAGGAGUCAGAUUAUGUACCAAUGGAAGGCUUGAGUGCUUUCUUUCCUUUUGUUGACUCUGAUGAGCUCGUAGCGGUGGUGAACACCGUGGUGAUGCCUACCCUUACUCAAGCCAGUAACAUGAGAGACGACGAGUUCAACGCGUCCGGAGCGUGCCUGUACAUAGUGCCCGGGAUGCAGGGGCUGCACCAGCGGUACCGCGCGCUGUGCGAGCGCCUGCAGCUGGCCGCGGUGGUGCUGCAGCCCGGCCUCGACCAUCCCGAGGAGAGUCUCCAGGAGAUGACGACCAGAUAUGUCACGAUGUUCUUGAAGCAAAAAAGUGAAACAAACAAAUUCUACCUACUAGGCCACGAACUGGGCGUGCUUUCAGUUUUUGAAAUAGCUGCAGCAUUAGAAGAUAGAGGUAUGACGGGAACGGUGUUCUGUCUGGGUGGCGGGCCGGGCGAGUUCCUAAGCGAGCUGGAGCGACAGCUGCGUGUAGCCUGCGCCGGCCAAACCUCGGAGGCGGCCCUGCAGGAUGCCGUAGCGCGCCACAUGUGCGCGCUCAUGGGCAUCGCGUCGCCGGAGCUCGAUGCGGCGCUGUGUCAAGCACGUACGUGGGCGCUGAAGAUCGAUGUGAGCAUGCGCGCGCUGCGCGGGCGGGUAGCGCACUCCAUGCAAUACGCGCGCUUGCUGAUGGAAUCCGCGUACUCGCGCGUAACGCAGGCGAAGCGCGCGCGACUCUUGCCGCGUGCACUUCGCUCGCGCAUCGUGCUUCUGCGCUCGCCUGCAGCUCCCAGUCUGGAUCUACAGCGCUGGUCGCUCCAACCGCUCGUCGUCCACGAGCUCCAAGCGCCGUUCGUGCACGCCGCCGACGACCUCCGCGCCGCCCCCAUUAUCAACCGCUAUCUUGACGAGGAAACAAUCCAAUGUUUUGCUAAGAAAACUCUCUGCCAUACUUAUCUUUUGAAUGCUCAAUGUUAUUUCAAGAACAGUGUUACAGGUACUUCAUAGCUAAGUUUUACUUUUUUAUGUAUUUGGAGUGAAUAAAGAUAUAUUUUGUAAA